AUGAAAGAGUCAGAUAAUUCAUCACAUGAUGGGCUGCACAGCAAUGAGAGUUCUGGAGAUGAAGGAGGGAGUAAGGAUAUGGACAAGAAGAAGUUUAGGGUAUUCAAUCCUACAACAGAGAUGGAUGACCCAAAGUUUGAACUUGGGUUGUUAUUCAAGUGUAAAAUUGACUUUAUCAAUGUUGCAAAAUCACAUGGAGUGAAGUAUGGAAGGAAAAUCAGGUUUAAGAAAAAUGAUUCAAACAGAUGCAAAGCCAUAUGCAGAAGCAAGAGAUGCAUGUGGAACAUAUAUUGCUCAGUUAGGAGUGAUAAAGUGACAUUCCAAAUAAAAAACAUGCUGCUGACUCACACUUGUGGUAGGACAACCUAUCACGGCCUGGCAAGUGUGACAUAUUUGGCCAACAAGUAUUUGGUGGACAUUAGAUUGAACCCAAAUUUUAAUGUAGGUGAUUUUAUGAUAAAGGUCCACAAGGACUUGGGAGUUAGUAUCGCACCUAAUGUGGGGUAUAAGUACAGUAAACUUUGGAGCUACUGUGAAGAACUUCAAAAGGCAAAUCCUAACUCUAAUGUGUUCAUGAAUACAACUGAGAAUAAUGAGGGUGAUGAUGAGUUUCAGAGAUUCCAUGUGUGCCUAAAUGGUUGUAAAAGAGGGUUUCUGCAGGGUUGUAGAUAUGUUGUAGGUCUUGAUGGAUGUCACUUAAAAGGCUGUCAUAAGGGAGUUCUUCUCACAGCCGUUGGUAUUGAUCCAAAUGAUCAUCUAUUUUUGAUAGUGUAUGCCAUAGUUGAGACUGAAAAUAAGAACUCUUGGAAAUGGUUUGGAGAAGAGCUAAAAGGUGACCUUGAAAUUAUUGAUGAAAGCAUUUGGGCAUUUAUAACCGACAAGCAAAAGGGGCUAGUUCAAGCUAUUCAAGACGUACUGUCAGGGGUUGAGCAUCGCAUGUGUUUGCGGCACAUGUAUAAUAAUUUCAAAAAACAACAUCUAGGCUUAGCUCUCAAGGAAAGGAUAUGGGUUGUCGCACGAGCUUCUUAUAGGGAUAGAUUUGCUGGAUUGGAGUCACUAAAAGAGUUUGAUGAAGGUGCUUACAAUUGGCAGAAACCAAUUCUUAACAUGUUGGAGACCAUUAGAUUUUACUUAAUGGUUAGAAUGGAAAAAAAGAGGGAAUGGAUAAGGAAAUACACUGGGGAGAUAUGUCCUAAAAUUCUGAAAAAGUUGGAGAAAAAUAAGCUUGUUGCAAAUGACUGCAUUCCUAGCCAUUCCAAGGACUGGAAAUUUGAAGUUAGGUGCAUGUAUGGUGAUAGGUAUACUGUGGACCUUAUUAGUAGAUGUUGUAGUUGUAGAAAGUGGGACCUUAAUGGCAUUCCUUGUGCACAUGCCAUUGUUGCAAUUUGUGACACUGGAGAGGAAUCCGAAAAGUUUGUACAUGAUUGCUACUCCAAAGAAGCUUACAUGAGGGCAUAUGAACCCAUGAUAAACCCAAUGAAUGCUGAGCAAAUGUGGAAAAAUUCUGACAUGCUGCCCGUGCUACCCCCUGAGAACAUAAAACUUCCUGGUAGACCACGAAAGGCUAGAUGA